UCAUGAGUCGGAAUUUUAUCCCCGUCGUUCUGGCCGUCGUAAUGGGCGUCGGAACAGGGUACUACACCUUCCAGCCCGCAUUGAGGGAACUCCAAAGCAAUAAGGGUAUUAUAGCGAGGUCCCCGUCUGGAAGCCAGAGUUUCCCCGCAGCGCAACAACCAGAGCAUCAGUCGCAACAGACCGUCUCUACCUUAACAUCUACGCCUACGCCAACAGAAAGUAAUACUGGAAAAUAAGGAGUCAUUAUCCUACCGUUAAUAUGGUUCGACGAGGCUUGGAAAUCUUUGAGUGGUAAUGGACUAUCUGGGUUCUAGAGCCGGGUCAGGUAAAUCCCUUCGGGUACUGGCUCAAGCGCCGGCACUGUGAUAAAUGCUUCUAGGCAUUCAGGUCUCCUGAUAACUUGGGUAGACACCCUAAGUCUGCCCGUUGGCAUGCUUGCGACGCUUCGUCGUGUUAUGUAAG